AUGGCCCCCAGAGGUGAGCCACGGGCCGCCUUGAUGAGGGGGAAGUCCCCCCCCCCCGCGAAAACGCCAAUACUUCAGAAUCUAUUAACGUAAAUGAAGGAGAAGAAAGACAGUAGGAGUCCCAUCCUCAGAAGACGUUAGGGCAAUUCCACCAAAUAGUACCUAAUAACAAUGGUGAGACUAGCCUGAAUAGACAAACGCUACGCUUGUGUGUUCCAAAAGUUUAUAUGGUGCCAAGUUACUGGUCAGCGAAAUGCCCCCAAGUUCAGGAGAUGGGGAUCUUUCUGUAAUAAGAAGGACAAAGAGUGAUCUGUGUCCGACGCUUAAAAAAAAAAAGUAGGAGGGAAAUUAUUUUUGUAUAAAAGAUAUAUUUUAGUUUGCGAAGUGCUUUGCAAUAAUAUUGCAUCCUCUGGGCUUAAUAGGUUCCUCAGCAGAAUUAAAGGAACGGGCUGAUUUAAAAGACCCGUCACUCAGCUGUCCCAGAAUCUCUCAGUCUUGGUUCCGCCACAUUCCCUAAACAACCCUUUUUGUGCCUCACCUCACUCUUCUCAGCCCCAUCCCUUUAUCAUUAAGAACUUUUGAAGUGCAGUUAGUGAUUCUAACCCUGGUCAGUCUCAAGCAAAUGUGGUUUGUGUGCGUGCGCGCGCCCGCGCGCAUGUCUCGAGAAAGCACGACAGUACCCUAACAACCCUCAAUAAACACAUGCAUAAUCACCACCAUACCCAAUUCCUUUGCUACAAUACACCCUCAAUUUUCAGCCCUAGCAACUGCCUGGGGGGGUUUAAUCUUCCAAAGAGAAAGGGGGGCUCCCUGCGCAAAAUUACGCCUUCUCCUCUCAUUUGUUAGCUGGUUCCAUCAAAAACUUCGCUAUUUAUAGGCUACACACACGAACGUGGAGUAAUACAAACCCUCCUGUGUUUGUUCCCUUUUGCAAAGUGACCGGUGUUGCAGCUUUUGAUCGCUUUGCUUCGAGAGCUGCGCAGAGGACGAGCUACAAUCAAAGCGGGCUGAGAGCAGACCUCCAAGCUGCAGAGAGUCCGUGUAAACUGCUCGCCGCACAGCCAUGUGAGUACCUCCCUAUGACCCCCGCCCCGCAAAAAUGUGUAAGGUUUGUAUUCUUGGUGAGCGGAAAGCAAUUAUGAAAGGGGAGGAGGGGUGGUAUAGUAAAUGAAAAGUGGGUGACGGAAGGCACCACGGAGAGAGAGAGAAAGGUUUGCUAAGUGACUACCUUGUCUCCUGAGUCUAAAUCAGCUGAGAACGGGCAGCAAAAUGACCAUGUGUCGCUUCGUUCCAAUUCUCCUGAUAGUGGCAGUUAGACAUUCCCCCUAAAAUUGGGCAAUAUCGGACGGAUAAGAUCCGUAUGAGAACCAAAGCCCAAGGAUUACAGGGAUCACUGAUACUUCGCAAGCAAAAAAUGACUGGUGGGCACUGGGCAGCUGCCGCCUUAUAUGAUAAAGAAACAGGCUGCAAAUUCUGCAAAGGAGGCUUAAGUUCACUCUUUCAGAAGACGAGGAAAGAGGGCCCCAGGGAGCCUGUAGAAGAGUGCGAAAAGAACCUUAGCCAGUACCCAUGCGCUGCCUUGUAUCCUCCCAAAUGUAUAAGCUUUCUCUGCUUUUCAAGCAUUCCCAAGCAUCCCCCUCCGUCACAAUGAAGUACCCCCCCCCCCAAUUGCAUAUAGCCUACGCGUUAAAUUGCAGGUUUCGUGCAGGUGGGACAGGGAGGACUGGAGAGGAAUGUAAAUCUGAGCAGGAAAAUGGGCUUUUACCGAGGCAGGUGUGUUGCUUAAAAGGGGUAUAAUCGAUUGCCAGGGACAGAAAAACCCUUCUGGAGAGCAGGGUGUGCAGCAGAAUUGAGAUCUGCGGGACCUGGGCUCUGAUCCCAGUUUAGCGUGGCAUGAAAUUAACAAAGGCAGAGGCAUCGUGCCCUGGAAGUCACCUCUAUUCAUAAAGGAAGAAGGGCAGGAGUAGGAAAGCGAAAGAGCCCCAGUGAGUGGCUGUGUGUGUUUCGUUCCGUCUCCGUGUAAAGUUCAGGCAGAGGGGUGGGAGAGGUGGGAUUCGCAUUGCUUGGUACCAAGCUCCCAUGAUGGACUGGUGGGCAUUUGGCAUGGAAGGAGGCUUGCCAUGCCUAGGCACAUAGCUGAGGGGCCAGCGCAGUCCCAGAAAAUAGCAGCAAGAACUUGCAGGGACUGUGCUCGAACUUUGCUGCCUCAUGUGGAAAAAGUGACUUCGAUCCAGGGCCAUUUAUAGGCGACAGUAAAACCUCCUUUUCAAUGAGCGGCAGUGACAGCAAAGCGAGUGAGCUGCCUUUUAGCCUCAACGCUGCCCCUUCAAAGCUCUAGUCUGUCCUCGCUCGGUCGGGGAAGACGUGAAGCCUUGUUUCCGCUGACCCGUUGAAUUGACCUUGGCAGGCUAGGGCAGGUAGGCAGGUGAGACUUUUAUUCACCUGCAUUUCAGGUCACACACAGUUAUGCACACAAUGCAAGGCACCUGUGGGGCUGAAAGUGGGCCAGGCAUACAUGGCAGGUAGCAGAUCACACAAACCAAAAAUAAGGGAAUCUAGUGAAAAUGACAAUCGUUUCUAUCAAAGGAUUGUCUAUAAAAGGGUCCCCCUCCAGGUUUAAAUAAUGUCUCACAUGUUCCCCAUAAAUAAAGCAGGUUGGUCCAUCUCUGUAACUUAUUUUCAACUUCCUUUUCAUCAAGUUUGUUUAAACAGCACACUUUGAAAACAAUGUCUUUAACUAUCUUGAGGAAGUAUUAGAAGCUUUAAAAAAUCCACUUGAAGCAAAGAUUCAUGCAAUUAAGUUUCUCAUCUUUCCACCCUGUGUUAACAUCCCCCUGCAUCUUUUUAUGCCUCCAUUUUUGAGUGAAAGGUAAAAAGAAAUACAUAGUAGCACAGAGAUAGGAUACUUUAUGGGUGGAUAGAAAGAAAGAAUAUUAUUCAUAUCACAUUUGAAAAAGCAAAAUCUAAUAGUACCCUCAUGAUAUUUGGGUGCCUGCAAUCUUUAAUUGCUCUUUGACUGUAAAAAGUUAAUAAACUCAGAAAAUAAGUCAUAACAAAACAGUCUCAGUUGGAUCUGAGGACAGGAGCUGUUUGCACUUCAGUUACACUUCAGUACUGGGUUGCAAUGUCCAGUUUCAGAACUUUUGCCCUUCAUUUGCCUAGAGCUGACGGAGGUGUUAGUUCAAAUUUGUGUGAGAAAGAGCCUGGAAGUUUGAUGACUUGUGAAAAGUUUUGCCUCUGCAAUACAGUUACUUUUGAAAAGUAUAGAUUUCUGAUUCUGGUUUCAGAGAAUAAACCAGUUUGAUUAUUUCAUAUUCUAGUAUAAUCCGUCCCUUUCUGCAUGACAGAAGAUCCCCAUAUAGUACAAUGCAGAAGAUCUCACUGGAUUCAAGUCACCCUAAGUGCAUCACAAUAUGUUUGGCCAUUAUGUCUAGUGAUAACAGCAGGCUGCACCUCUUUUAUGUAAAUCCAUAUUACUAGGGGUUCCGGAUGGAUCUAUGGAUCUGUGUAUGGAAAAAAAUGGAAAAUUCAUUCCUUGGAAGAAAUAGCCAAGCAUGCUUUGAGAACUGGCAGGUAAUGUGUGUGGGGGGUAUUCAUUAUGUCAUAUACAAAUUUUCAUCCCACAUGAACAGCUCUGUGAGCUCUGUGUUUCUAAGUAUUUUUAGUUAGAUUUCAGUUUUAUUUUGUAUUAACCUUGUGUAGAAUGAGUGAAAUUUUACACAACUGCCUCUGUUGAAAGUAGUGUUUGAGGCGAGAUCAGGUGAUAUAUAAAAAAAAAUCUGUCAUGGCUUGUUCACAAACGCAUGCCGCUAUUUCAAACUGUGAUGGCCAAUGUGAUUAAACUUUGCCCAUAGUUCUUGAUAAAGGUAGUUAGGUCGAUGGGCAUUCAUCCUUUAAUUUUCAAUAAAAGAGAUUCUAGGUGAAAAAAUCCCAGAUUCAACAGACAUAGGGCAGGACAACCUGCAUUUAUUCCUCAUAACACACCUGCCUGAGUUCCCUCAAAUUUAUUCCCAGUUCUAUCAAUGUCCCCACAUUAGUCUUUCCUCCAUCCUAUCCUUAUUUCCUUCUCCCUUUCUUAAACUACUUUUUCUUGCAAUUAUCUACUUUAACCCUUCCACACCUCCUCUUUGCCUAACACUCCAGCCAUCCCCAGCCUAUCUUAUGGACACAUGUCAUAGUCUUCCAGAUAUUGCCGAUUUCCAACUUCCAUCAACCCUAGCUAUCAUGGGCAGUGAUCAGGAAUGAUGGAAGAUGUAGUUUAACAACAUCUGGAUGGCUGCAGGUUCCCCGUGCCAUUAGUCCAUCUAGCCAUUAUUAUUUACUCUGACUGGCAGGAGGUCUCCAGAGUCUGAGGUCCCCCCACCCCCAUUACGUGUCCUUCUUGCUAGAGAUGCUCUUGGGACCUUCUGCAUGCAAAAACAUGUGCUCUACCAGAGUUAUUGCCCAUUUCCUUCAUUUUUAUCACACCCAAAUAAUAAUCCAUUUCCAGUUAACAAUCUGUGUUCUCUAUUUUCCAGCUUUUAUCAAGAAUAACAUUAGCACAAGCCUGCAUCAAAACUUUUAAACUUUCAUUUGUGUGCUAAAAUCGCAUCACAAAAUAUUUGCAAGUGAGGUGUUUUAAUUUGGAUUCUGCAUGCAGAAUAAAUUUAAAUUCUGCAUAAUUAUUGCAAGCUAAACACUGGCCCCACACACAGUUUUGGAGUAUUAAAGCAUCAGUUUUUAGGUUUCCUUAGGCUUGACUUGGAAAAGAGCAUGGGGCGGGCGGGCGGGCUACAAAGCUAAGCUAUACAAGGAUUAGCAGCCCACAAGACCAACCUGCUGUCAAUCAAAAUGAACCAAGUCCUGUUAGGUGCAGUAUGGUCUUAUAAACAUUUAAUACAGAUCUUGCAAAUGGUAAGUAGUGGGUGGAGAAGCAGCAUUAAAGUUGGGUAUAUUCUUAUUUAGUGAAUGAACACAAGGUAGUAAGUUCUAAAGAGGCUAAGUUAUUUAUGUAAUAAAUAAGAGAUAAGUAAAAGGUGAAUUGUUCUAAUGUGGAGACUGCUGUGUGUUACUCUGUCUUUUGGUUCACAGAGAGAAAACAGGAAUUCUUCUCCCACUUCUCCCAAAUGGGAAGAGGUGUUACAGUUGCAGUUUUCCUCAUAACACAAGAGGGGGUUUUGUUUUAGUAGUUACUUGACCUUGGUCCUAUAGAUAGAUUCAGAUUACAGGCCAACAAAAAGUUUACUAAAGAAGAAGGCCGGCUUUCCCUCUGUUGGCACAAAACACAUUCUCAAGGAUGCAAAAAUGUGUACUAAAUCCUGUGUAAAUCAGUGUGAGUCACUGUAGCGUUUAUUAAUUAGAUGAAUGUCCUAUUUAUCCUAUUUAACAAGUUCCAUACAAACUGGAUUAUUCAGUGAUCAGUGUCAUGCCCCCAAAUCUCUCUGUCUGAGAGAGAAAAUGAAGGAGGAUAUAUAUGAAAAAAAGCAACUGGACAUUUUACAAAAUCCCUCUUUUAAAGUUCCUCCUGCUUAUAAAUCAUCAAAUGCUCAUCUUAAUAAUGAUAGAAGUUAUGUCUGGUCAGGUUUUUAAAUGUAUAAAAAUGCAUGUUUAUUUUGGGUCAAGGGGUUUGCAAACCCUAAAUAUGCCCAUACAUAUUCUUCUUUGAUGUUGCAUACACACAUGUGCAUGAGGGCACACGACCACAUUUCCUGGGUGUAUGUUCUCUCCAAGUCUUGACAAUUGGGUGGGAGUCAUGUUUCAUAUUUUAAACUACUUUAAAGUCACAGCCCUACGUAGUUACUUACCUGUAACUGUGCACAGGACCAUGACCUUGAAUCAUUUAAGAAUCCUGAAUGGAAUCCAAGUUGCUAAUGUCAAAGUAAGCAUCUUUCUGUCUCUUUGAAAAAAUAACAAUACCCAUAUGGAUUUACUAUAUUUAAUCCACAGUUUCUUGCCACCUGCUUUGAAACCAGGUUCAUUGGUUGGCGGCUUGAAUACAAGAACCAUAGUUUUCAAAUAAUGAAUUGUGCCUUUGACCUAAAAUGAGUAACAUGUUCACUGAUGUACCUUAAAACCUCAGUGAUUUUGCAUGCUUUUCCUUGGGAGCUGUGAAAUAAGCUAGGUCAGUAAUUAAAAGCAAGAGAAAAUUGAGAAGCAAAAGAGAAAAUCUGGAAAGGGAGAAGACAAAAAGAGAGGAAGACACAUAACAGGAAAAGAUAAAACAAACUUCAGAAAGAAAGAAAGAAAGAAAGAAAGAAAGAAAGAAAGAAAGAAAGAAAGAAAAGAAAGAAAGUCUGGAAGAAGCAGGAAGAAAAGAAAGAUAAAAAGUAUGAUUUUAAAAGGAGCUAAGCUGAGAAAAGCCCAAAGGGGAACGAACUCAAAGUCAUCUUUCCCCAUGACUUUCCAGCGUUAGUUUUUGUGGGGCACAGCUUGGCUGCGAGGGAGCUUGAGAAGCCCUGUUGUAUAGGAGCGGACAUUUCCCAGAGAGUCGGUGUCACAGGAUGUCUGAUGGCAUCACACACACAUCCACGCACACACACAACUCCCCGCCGCUGCCAAACCCAAACAGUCAUCAACUCCACUCAGUGUGCGCAAAUUGAUGGAAGCCUCCGCGGAGUGAACUGGCAACAUCUGUCCGGAAAAUUCUCAGAGACGCAGAUGCAUUUCUUUAGACAGGUCAGCACUUCCUACCCGGGCAGCUCUGACAGCUACCUGUCACGGGGAGGAAACCCCUCUCGGAGCUGCAGGGCUCAGGAUCCUUAGCAGCGGCAGCUCCGCCGCUGACAGGGAGCCAGUCCCUCCAGCUCUCGGAAAUCAAUGGCCCCCAGAGGUGAGCCACGGGCCGCCUUGAUGAGGGGGGAGUCCCCCCCCCGCGAAAACGCCAAUACUUCAGAAUCUAUUAACGUAAAUGAAGGAGAAGAAAGAUAGUAGAAGUCCCAUCCUUAGAAGACGUUAGGGGCAAUUCCACCAAAUAGUGCCCAAUAACAAUGGUGGCUCUAGGCUGAAUAGACAAACGCUACGCUUGUGUGGUCCCAAAGUUUACUUAGUGAGAAGAUAUUGGUCAUCUGUACAGUAGCAUCUCUUCUCUCCUACUCCUAUCCCAAAUAAGCUGCGGGUGAGUUCACCAAUUAUUAGUACUUCUAUACUCCUGCUGUGUUCUCAACAGCCGUGUGAGAUAGCCAUGUGAAUCCCAUUUCACAGAUGGAAGACUGAUUCAAAGAGGGUGAUUUGCUCAAGGUCACUCAGUGGGUUCAUGACAGAUAUAAGGAACACAGGCUUUCAAAAUUUCAAGUUCAACCUACGAGAAAGCUAAUGCUUUAUAGGGCUCCCCUUUAUACAAAUCCCCCAUCUCCAUUAUUAUUCUAAAUAUAUCGGCAAUAUUCGGAUACAUUUUUGCCAGGCACCAGUAGUCAACAAGGGGAGGCAGAAUGCCACUAGCUUAGCAAAACAAAAAACCCCACACAUUCUACAUUCAUAAUCACGAUCAAGCCCAGUUCCUUCGCUGUAAUACACCCACAACUUUCAGCUCCAGCAACUGCCCCGGAAAGCAGGGUGGGGGGGUGUCUCCGUGCAAAAUUACGCCUUCUCUUCUCAUUUGUUAGCUGCUUCCAUCUAAAAGUUCGCUAUUUAUAGGCUACAUACAAGAAUCUGGAGUAAUACAAACCCUCCCGUGUUUGUUCCCUUUUGCAAAGCGAUCGGUGUUGCAGCUUUUGAUCGCUUUGCUGCGGGAGCUGCGCAGAGGACGAGCUACAAACAAAAACGGGCCGAGAGGAGACCUUCAGCUUUCUGA